GCUUUCUUUCCAAGAAAAGUAAUUAGCCCACUGUCACACAAAUUAAGAAUCCGAUAACGUUCGCGUUGAUACGUGACCCAACGCCAUGUUUGAUUAUUGAGGUAUCUCAGGAACCAGGAGAACUGAUCUCAACUCUCUGCUCGAUUCAUCCCCGAAACCGCGCCUGGCUAGCUUUAUCUCUUGCAAUAAUCUGAGGAAAGCUGAGAAUCUUUCUCAGCUUUUAACAAUUCAGCUCCUACUGAUUAAUCGAACAGCAUGGCUACGGCGAGCAGUGUGGUCUGCUUCUAUUUCGUUCUGGUUAACAUUUUCUUAACCUUUCGGCUAACUCAACCAGCUCCUGAAGGUGCUCUCGUAACCGAGAUUCCUGGAUUCAGUGGCACUAUACCUUCCAAGCACUAUGCCGGUUAUGUGACGGUCGAUGAAAGUCAUGGGAGGAGCCUGUAUUACUAUUUCGUUGAAUCAGAAAGCAAUCCAUCUCAGGAUCCUGUGGUUUUAUGGCUUAACGGUGGACCUGGAUGCUCUAGUUUCGAUGCCUUCGUAUACGAGCAUGGUCCUUUCAAUUUUCAAAAGGCCAAAACCCAGGAAUCCUUGCCCACAUUGCACCUCAAUCCAUACAGCUGGUCGAAGGUCUCCAACAUUAUAUAUUUGGAUUCUCCUGCUGGAGUGGGGUUUUCUUUCUCAAAGAAUGAAUCUGAUUACACAACUGGAGACAUAAAGACUGCUGCAGACACUCACACCUUCCUCCUUAAGUGGUUUGAACUCUAUCCUGAGUUCCUUUCUAACCCAUUCUUCAUCGCUGGAGAGUCGUAUGCUGGAAUUUAUGUACCUACACUAGCUUAUGAAGUAAUGAAAGGAAUUGAUGCUGGUGCAAAGCCCAACCUGAAUUUCAAGGGAUAUUUGGUUGGAAACGGCUGUACAGAUGAUGAAUUUGAUGGAAAUGCUCUUGUUCCAUUUGCGCAUGGGAUGGGUCUUAUCUCGGAUGAAUUGUAUGAGGAGGUUAGAGUUGAAUGCAAUGGGAAUUUCUAUAAUCCAUUGAAUGAAAAUUGUGCAAGCAAGUUAGCAAAAGUUGAUCAGGAGAUUGAUGGGCUAAACAUAUAUGACAUUCUGGAACCAUGCUAUCAUUGGCCAGAGACAGAGCAGACUAAACCAACCUAUAUUAGGUUGCCAUCCAGUUUCAGGCAGUUAGGUGAGACUGAGAGACCUCUACCUGUGAGAAAAAGGAUGUUUGGUCGUGCUUGGCCCCUUAGAGCUCCUGUGAGAGAUGGAAUUGUACCAACUUGGCCGCAACUUAGCAAUAGCCACAAUGUUCCAUGCACUGAUGACGAGGUUGCAAACUCAUGGUUGAACAACGACAGAGUCAGGAAAGCAAUUCACACUGCAGAGAAAUCUGACGUCAGUCUUUGGGAUUUAUGCACGGACAAUAUUUUAUAUUACCAUGAUGCUGGGAGCAUGAUGAAGUUCCACAAGAACCUGACAUCCAGAGGAUAUCGAGCACUUAUAUACAGCGGGGAUCAUGAUAUGUGUGUUCCAUUCACUGGAAGUCAAGCAUGGACUAGGUCAAUGGGAUACAAAGUUGUCGAUGAAUGGAGGCCGUGGAUAGUCAAUAAUCAAGUUGCUGGCUAUAUACAAGGAUAUGAUAAAAAUCUCACAUUUAUGACCAUAAAGGGAGCUGGACACACUGUUCCAGAAUAUAAGCCUCAAGAGUCAUUGUAUUUCUAUAAACGCUUUCUGGAUGGCUUGCCAAUGUAGAAAGAGAGACAAAACAGAGGUCAAACUGAUUUGGACUUCUGUGUGUACUUCAAUAACUUGUUCCUAGCAUUUGCAGGCUUGCAAUCGUAUCUGUUUUAUGUGAAUAGUCAAUGUCUUUUAGAGUAUUUGCAAAAUUGUUAUUGUUAUCAUAUAUAAUUACUAGCAUUCAAACUUCUGAGGAUUAAAAGCACUUAAAUUAAUAAUAAACUACAGUUAUGUAAUGGGGUGACCAUAUUUUACUAUGUUUGCAUGUAUCUAUGUAAUGUAAUAGUAUAACACUUGCCUGUGCUUCAUAAGAGUCAAUAGUAAAAGGAAGUUCUUGUUGUA